GUUUUACUCUUUUACGCUCCAAUGUCCACACAGCCAAAAUGGAAGGAGAUCUCACUGUACAUACUUACAUCCUCAUUAUUGUGGCUGAUUUCACUUUUGGUGUGACCUACAGCAGACUGAACGGAGACGUCACACUCGCACCAGCCGUCAGGGACACUUUCGAAGAGAUCCUCUGGAAACACAACAACGACAAAGUCAUCGAGUUGGUCAGAGGUCAAGGAAUCAGGGAGUUCGGUAAAUUGAGAGGGAGGACGACGCUGAACCAGGAGACAGGAGAACUCAGAGUGAGGAACCUGGAGAAGAGACACUCUGGACGGUACACGGCUGAGGUGCUGGUGGAAAAGAGGCUCCAGUACUUUACGUUUAAUGUGACGGUCAUUGACGCUGUGACCCGACCAACAGUGCAGUGUGAGCAGAGGGAUUCUGUAGGGAUUCUACGCUGUCACAGCGAAGGAGAGAUGGGACAGUAUCGGUGGGAGGGGCCUAAUGAUUUUUUAAUGAGCUGGACUGAACAGCCAAUAGGACUAGAGAUCAGCAGGGAUCAGAGCUCUGACUCCGCCUACACCUGUGUGGUGAAGAACCCUGUGAGUGAGAAAAGCAGUGAGGCCUUUCUUGCCGAACGCUGCUUUAAAGGACACUCAUCUCAUGGUAGUGGUGCAGUUAUUGCUGCUGCUGCUGUUGUUACUGCUGCUUUUAUUGCCACUGUUUCUGGUUUGAUCAUUGGAGUUCACUGCGUGCGCCGCAGGGAUGCCCUAACAGAAUUAAGACUUAAUGAAAAAACAAAGAUUUUCGAAGAAAUGAACACGGUAACGAUGAGCCCCAGUAAUGUGAUGGAUGAGAACAAGAUGCUGCAACAGAAAAGCCCAAAAUCUGCUGCUGAUGAGAUGGAAGGAGUUGGAGAGGAGGAUGAGGAAGCAAAACUGCUGCAGCGUUCCGAGGUAACGCAGUGUUCGCUCUGGUCAGAGGUAAGUGGUGAAGAGAAAAGAAAGAUGUUUGAGAGAAACAGCAAGUACGUCUGCAGCCCUAAUAAAGUGAUCGAUGAGGAUAUGCGACUGGAACCAAAUGAACAGGAUACUGUGACAAAUGAGAACAAAGAUGUAGAAGAAGAGGAGGAAGCUGAAGGACAGCAUGUCAAAGGAACAGCUGGUCCAGCAGAGGACUGUGGUGCUUCAGCAUCUCUCCUAGAAGUGCAGGGUGAGAAGCUGGAGAUGGCAGGGACACCCUAAGAAAAGCGAAGAGGCCUGGCUUGAGGUUCAGGAGCACCUGCCCAAGUAUCCACCACUGCAAACAGCAGACCGACAAACAUCGCCGCACCCUGACCUUCCAACCAGGACAAAGGUUGUGGCUAUCUACCCGUGAUAUCCACCUUCAAGAUUCCCUCCGGAAAACUCAGCCCCUGCUACACUGGCUCAUACAAGAUCCUUCGACACCUCACCCCCAUCACUUACCAGUUGCAGUUGCCCCCACACUUACGUAUAUGUCCCAUUUUUCAUGUCUCCCUGCUCAAGCCUUACAGCACCUCCCUGAUCCAGGUGUCCUGAGGAGACCCGACACCCCCUCUUGUGGAGGUGGAUGGGGCACCAGCCUACGCCGUCUGUGCCCUUCUGAAUU